GAUUACUCCCCUCUUUCGCCAUCUCUCUCGAUUGAAUCGGGGAAGUCAUGGGAUACGUACUCAGGGUGAGGUUCGCUUCGUUCUUCGCCGGCGCUGCGGUGGCUUCAGCCGGUGGAUUCUAUUUUCUUCACAAGGAUUACAAGGUCGCUCAUCAAUCUAUGUCUCAACAGAUUAAUGACUUUUAUAAAUCUCUGGAUGGACGCAUCUCUUCUUUGGAAAAUCUAAAAGAAAUUGAAGCAAUGAAACCGGUUGAAGGUGCAGAAUAAGGAAGUCAAAGAGUCUUUGGUAGUUCCAAGCAUCUGGUUUGACUCAAAAUUUUCUGAAUGUUGUAGUGCAAGCCUUUUUUUUUUUUUUUUUAGUUAAUAACAAAUGUGGAUUGACUAUUGAGAUGGAAGACUUCCAGUCAAAUUGAAGGAUUUUACUGCAUAAGUAUAUCACAUGUUUAUCUUAUUUCUGUAAUUAAAGAUGGAUUGUGAUUUGUAGCAAUACAAAAGAUAGAACAAUCCAUGUGGUAUGAA